UCUCGUGCAGUUCAGUCGUUCAGUGGAGGUUCCGCGGUUUUUUUUUCUAGUAGUUUGACGCUCGAGCAGCGCAGCGAGAGGCUUCCCCUGACGUUCAUCCGCGCGCAAGCAGACGGUUGUCGCACCGAGAGACCACCGGUUAACCGGGGGGAGUUGGACUGGUAACGUGACCUACACCGGGAGCAGGACCGCCGCUCCAUCGCUGACCUCUCCCAUCGUGUUCCACCGGCUGCCAGAGCAGAGGUGACUGAGUCAUCGGUGUUCCUUCAGCCGGUAGAACAGCCGACCUCUCUGGGUCCACUCCGGCUCGCUGUCCGCCGGGGGACGGGGCUUCAGAAGGUGGUCGCUCUUGAGCGCAGAGCCGCUGACUUUCUCCGGAUCAGGAGGAUUUUUCUUUCGACCGUUACCGUCUGUUGGAGACGUUUGGAUUAUCGGAUUUCUUUUUUUCGGGGGACCUCACGAAGUUGUCCGCCGCCUGAGUGACGGGAGGACCGGCUGUGAGACACGAAGGAUGCUGGUGACCAGCGCCGGCGUCUCGACUUAAACGCUCUACCGCGUCUCCCCAGCGUCUCCACCGGGCAGGCUCCGGAGCUCACCUCCUUUUCGUGUGAACGGACCACUGUCUGUGAGGAACCAUGCUGGGGCUCCGUGGUCGGAGGAGGAGGCUUAGUGAAUUCCUGUUGUUCCUCCUCGGCCGAGCCGUCCUCGUCUCGUCCCUCACAAGGAAUUGUGGACACAACAUCAUUAUCAACAGCGCGAACUACCUGACGUCGCCCGGGUACCCCACCGCCUACCCGCCGUCCCAACAGUGCGCGUGGCACAUCACGGCGCCCGAUCCCGGGCAGAAGAUCCUGAUCAACUUCAACCCGCACUUUGACCUGGAGGACAGAGAAUGCAAGUAAGGGUCUAUCUGUCUUUCUGUCUUUCUGUCUGUCUGUCUGUCUGUCUGUCUGUCUGUCUGUCUGUCUGUCUGUCUGUCUGUCUGUCUGUCUGUCUGUCUGUCUGUCUGUCUGUCUGUCUGUCUCGCUCUAUCGCUUCUCGUACUAUUUAUCCCUGUCUCUUUUUAUCUUUAUGGCUUUGUCUUUCUCUGUUUGUUUCUUUCUCUCUUGAAUACCCCGGUUUCAUUCACACACACGCACACACACGCGCGCGCGCGCGCUCCAAUCUUACCCGGAUACAAUGAUGUAGAACUACGCCCCCUGUUGGUCACUGUGACCACAUCUGCUGUUUCGGUAUUGAACGCCUCGGUAUUGGUUGAUUGUUCCGAUGACUCUCACUUCCACUCACUCUUUCUCUCCAUCUAUCUAUUUUUUGUUCAGUUGUAAUUGAGGUCAAAUGUAUAAUUAAACUUAUAGUGGAGAUAUGUUGUCUAGACUCUCAUCUAGACCACUGGCAACCGGCACACACACACGCACACACGCACACACGCACACAUGCACGCACACGCACACACACACGCACACGCACACAGCAACAGUCGCCCCUCUGUCUGCCACCCCCCCAGGGGGGGCCCUCUGUGUGUUCAGGACGGCCUCUAUACACAGCGUGUGUGUAGCGCAUGGCGGUCCAUCUCGUGGUCCAACAAGACCACCACAGCCGUGCGCUGGGUCGUGUUUCUCUGCCCAGACAGCCCCUCAGCUUCUCCAGGCCUGCUGCCUGACGUCUGGGUCAACUUUUUUUUCUUAUUCAACCCCCCGUUCCACGGCGAGCCGUCGGGGAACGGGGCCACGCCACAGAGUUACGUUAACGCCCCGAUCCGUACCUCCGCCACACCUGUCGCUGGGGCCGCCACAGACCUCACAGGGAAAUGAACAUCCCGUUGUUAGGUUGGCGGAGUGUGUCCCUCUGGGCGUGACGCUGUGUGUUGUGGUCGAUACGCAGAUGCAGACA